AUGCCUUUGCAUGUUCCCCAACCCAUGAGGGCACUCGAGAUAACAUUCUGGUUCUUUGCACUUCAUGAUAUGUCCGAAGCAUAUGUCUCACGAAAAAAGUGCAGGGUGGACACUGAAAACCUUUCGAUGUGGCGCAAAAUGGGCCUUCCGCUUGAUGAUAUGGGACACUUUGUGGUAGACUUUGCUGCGGAAACGCAAGUCGAGGCUUUUUUCUUCAAAGCUCUGGUGAGACUUUUAUGCCAACUUGUCAACCUGGAGGCUGGAGACACCCCUCAGUGGACACGCAUGGAUGAUGCUUUUAACCGGUGGUAUGAUAUGCUACCGCCAUCCUUCUCUUGCUCCAUCGAUUGGCCUUGUUCGACAGCAAAAGACGAGGAACAGAUCCCUUCCACGGAGACCGUCUACCAUGAAUCCUGGUUUUGCAGCGACUUGUGUGCUAUUACCAUGUCGUUCUACCAUAUGGCACGAAUGCUGCUGUUGAUUCAUCGUCCCGUGGAUGUUUUUCUCACAGGACAGCCCCAGAAUGCACUUGAUGUAUUAUCUACUUAUUACUCUCUGCAACGGGACCUUCGUCAGCAUGCGAUGAAAAUCAUUCCGAUAGCGCGUGCGAUUCCCGACGACAGAGUACGAAAGAAUUUGCUACAACCACUUUACACCGCAGGACGGUCUUUAUUCGACACAAACGACAGACAGGAUCUGCUCGACAUACUCCUUGAGAUCGAAAGUGAUCUAGGAUUUGCCACGGAAUAUCGUUUGAAGGAUUUAUCGGGGGAAUGGGGUAUCCCAUGGCAGACGCAGAAUAGGAUACGAGCUGAUGAGGAAUGUCAACGAGCAUAG